AUGAAUGGUAACUUUGUUUUUAAUGGCAGGAGUCGCCCGACGCAUCUCUCUUUGUCUCGCGACCACCAGCCUUCGAAGGAUGCGAUUCUCGCCGAGACUCGGAAAAAGCGUGAGCGGCGCGAGAUCAAUCGCGUGCAGCAGCAAGCGGCUUUGCGCAUACAGCGGAAAGCACGCCUGUGGCUGAGCCGAAUGGCACUUGCUGAUCUUGCGUUUAAUUUGUUUCAAUCCAUCCGGGAUGAAUCGCAGAAAACACCGGGAAGGCGUUUGGAGCGCUCCUGUUGGGACUUUGAGUUUUUCUGUCGAGGUAAACGCCGUGGAGUUGAUCAUAAUUCUCGCCGGAUGAUGUGCACACAGGUGGUUUUGCAGCAACUGAGGCGCAGCAUCCGUGCGGGUAGUGUGAGGGAGGAGUUGUUUGGGUGUCAACAUGGGCUUGACUUACUGGCCCGCCUGAUAUUCGAGGAGUACGCCAGGCCACCCGUUAACGCGGAAGAGAAGGAAACACUGUGGAAGGAGGAACACUUAUUUCUGUUCGAUGCGCUUCUUGAAACCAACAAUUCAUUGAAUGAAAAGGUAAAACUGUGGAUACGGGCUCUACAGCUUGUUAUUCAGCACGGUACAUCCGGAAACGCGUCUGUUGUGUCGAGGAUACAAGGCUUGUAUGCGUCACUCUCCGCAAGUGAUGUUGCGGUGGCUAUGGAGGCCCCGGAGGGUAGAGAGAUGUUGCUGGAGGCCCUCACGUCUUCGGCCCAAAAUGGGCCAUAUAUUUCCCCCACCUCGUGUGCACUGGAUGUACUCUUAGCUUCCCAACAUGAAGAGGAGUGUGCCGUGAAUCAAGAGGCGAAUCGGGUAUUGUUAGAGGCCAUUGUAGAUGUCACGGCAAGCAAGCUGCCGGAAAUAAUCCGCUUUAAGACGACAGCAGCUCUCGGCAAAUUGGUGCGUCUGACACCUUUUUUUCUUGGAGCAGAGGGUUCUCGAGACGGGGAAUUAAGAAGGAAAUGGCUGAAGUGUCUUGUGGAAUUGACAAUUCAUGCAAGCAGGGACGACGAGCUUCUGAAGACAACAAUUGUAGAUCUCAUGCAUCCACACAUUGAGGGUCCCGCACAUUCGAGUAGGUAUGAGCACUUGCCGACGUAUUUGUUUACCGCAGACUGUGGAUUGCGUCUAUUAAAGGAGAAUGCUUCCGCCGUUGCGGCGCUUAUUGAAUCUAGUACCGAGGGAGAGGCGUCAUCCCCAUCGCGAUCUAACGCCUUUUUUGAUUUUAAUCUUUUAUGCAGCACGUUUGUGUGGCCCCUUUACAACUUUUCACUAAAGUCUCCGGAGCAGCGUAUUGAGGUGACUACGAUUUUUUCCAAGUUGGUGAAUUCAUCGGAGCUUUUGCGGAGUUUAUGGAAGAUAUAUCAAGACUGUCAUAGCAGCGCCCCUAGAGACCCAAGUGGGAUGAAGAAGGAGUCACUUUUGACUCGAGUAAAGGCAGGGGAGGUGGCUCAUCUUCCUUUUACGGGCGAACCGCCGGCGGAGCUUCUUGGCACGGUGACAGGCACAACGUCGGCACGCUCUUUGUUCUGGGACAUGUACCCUGCGGUGUCGGUGUUGUUUUUCACUUUGCUGAGCUACUUUGUGGAUGCCACGGAUUUUAUGGAGGAGCUUGAGAACGGGGUAGUGAUGGAUUGUAACGACGCCGUAUUGCUUUUACUGUCGUUGAAGGGGAUUGUGCAUCGGUCAUACAUGCAUGGCAUUUUCCCCCAUUGUAACGGUGAGGCUGUGGCACAGACGGCCCUCAGGUUAUUGACCAAACUACAUGUUAUAGAUGAGGUACAGUCGUUUGUUCCACAUCCCUCGGUCUGGAUAGCUAUUACCGAUCCGAUGAUUCUUGGCACGUUUGAAUCCAUUACCAGAGAGACGUGGUUAGACGUUGACGCGGCUUUAGAAUUUUCCAAGCUUAACUACUUGGAGGGGAAUGAGGGCGAUGCUGUGCAGGUAAACAGCGCCUCGAUCUGUCACCCACAUUGGAUGGGGAGCACGACUUGGUCCCAUCAAGAGCGGAUUGUUCGGCUGCUUCAAAAUGCUCCUUUUACUAUCCCUUUUAAUGUCCGUGCCUCCGUGUUUUCCGCCCUUAUCCUUAGCUGCGAGCAAAACAUGCUUUUUUACUCCCAGCAGCCCUUUUUGGUGCAUCGUGGCCACGUCUUUAUCGACGCAUUCGACCGGUUCGCCAACGUGCCAGACAGCCCUGACAUGUUUAGCGUGCGGUUUAGAGACACGAACAAUCUUGUGGAGGAGGGCUACGGUGAGGGCGUGUACCGCGAAUUCCUUGUGAAUUUAUGUACCGAGGGAUUUGCUGCCGAGUACGGCAUGUUUCGUCAGACCGAAGACGGCGACGUGUACCCCAACCCGUUUAGUUAUGAAGUGACUGGGGACCCGCAGCACCUGCGGCGCAUCACGUUUCUCGGCGCCAUGGUGGGUCGGUCACUGCGAGACGGGGUUGUGCAGGACAUUCCUUUUGCACCCCACUUCCGGAACGCAAUUCUUGGCCGCAGCAAUUCCAUCAACAACUUAAAGAGCUUUGACCGGCAGCUGUACCGCCAAAUUAUGUCUCUGCGCUCACUGAGCGAGGAGGAAAUUGAAAAUCUAUCACUGACAUUUACGUACACGGUGGAUAUAUUGGACGAGGUGCGGGAGGUGGAGCUGCUGCGUGGCGGGAGAGACAUUCCGGUCACACGCCGCAACUGCUUGAACUAUAUUCACCUCCUUGCAGGCUUUAAGCUGAACCACGAGUCUGCCCGCCAGACCAGGGCAUUUCUGGAGGGCCUGGGAAUGAUUGUAAAUCUCAGUUGGCUGAAAUUAUUUGAUGGAAAGGAAAUUAUGAAACUUUUUGGCGGGGAUGCUGAGAGCGCCAUUGAUGUCUCGGAUUGGAGAAAGCACACGCAGUACCACCGUGCGGACGACGAGGAGAGUGUGCCUGUGCAUGUCUUCUGGCGGGUGGUGGAGGCCAUGUCUUUGGAGGAGCGGAAAAGACUACUGAAGUUCACCACAUCCAUGAAUCGGCCCCCACUGCUUGGGUUUCAGUUUCUCAAUCCCCCGUUCAAAGUGCACGUUGAGUGGGACGCAUCGGAGGAGCGGCUACCGUCUGCGUCAACGUGUUUUUCCACACUGAAGCUUCCGCCAUACAAGGACUUUAAGACCGCAUUUAGUAAAAUUACGGCAGCGAUUGAGGGAACGGAAGACUUUGGUCUCACAUAA